GAGUUGAUCUCGUCACCACGAGGUGGUCGAUUUUCUCAGACCGACAGCCAGUCAGAGAACAGCCAGACUGAACCAGGUGCUGCAUCUCCAGCCGACAUCAACUCACCCCUACAGGAAGAGAGUCAAGUUUUAAACAUCUGCCCCCCUCCAAACAAAAAACGGUGUGCAGCAGAAGAUUGUGAAAUGGAUCCUGGAGCUGAUUCUACAACAAACUGUGUUCAGUCUGAAGAGAGAACUUCUCAGUUUGGAUUUCUGGAGCUUUCUCAGAGUCAAGACCUUCGUGCAGAUGAAGACGUUGAUCAGCCAGACCAUGAGAGGCAAAGACAACCAGCAGGGCAGAGCAUCAGCUCCAGAACUUCAGAGAUACUGGACCACAAAGCAGCGAGGUCUGAGGUGAGCUCCAGCAGCUCCUCUGAGUCCCUGGGUGAGCCAGGCCGCCAACUGAGUGUCCAGGCUCUGCUGCAUUCUCAGAACCUCCAGUCUUCUGCACAGCAGGAUCGUGAGGUCCUGUCCUCACAGGAGGACUUGUUUGAUGCUGAUAAGUCAGUGGACAGCACCGUGUCUGAGCCGGAGCAGCGAGGUCGCCCCACCCCCACUCCAGCCCACACUCUUCACCUGCUGCACCUGUCCGGACAGGGAACUCUGGUCCAGGAAAGUUUAUCCCAGAGCUCCGUUGAUUAUGUCGCCCCCACCCCAGACAACUUCCCCCACACCCCUUUAGUUGUUUCGAGCUCACCAACUGAAGCAGAAAAUGACUGUGAUGAACCCAUGGACACCUCGCUCCCCCCUGACGACCGGGCGGGGGGAAAGGAGGAGCCGAUGGAAACUGAGGCUGCCUCGAAGCCACACCCAUCUACCUCUGCUCCGGGAUCCCAGGACCCCUCUGGUUCAGUGUUGGACCAAACGCUGUCGGUACCAUCCCAGCCGGAGUUCUCACACGAUGUGUUUGUCCGAAUACAGAGCCAGGGGUCGGAUCAGAAAUCAGCAUCGUUGCCUUGUCAGCCACAGUCGCAGCAGCAGGAGUGCACUUCGCUCACCUCCCCACUGCAGCUGUCUGUGAACACGGACGCUUGUGAUCCCCACAGUCCAUGUGUGAAGAGUCCGGAGCAGAUCGAGGAGGACAGCCAGGCCACACAGAUCGAAGAGUUCAGAGAUCCUCCAGCCGUUGACAGCAGUGACUCUGUGACUUCACGUCAUGACCCAACAAACCAGAGCGGCGCUGUUCCCUCAGAGUCACAACCUGCCUCCAGUUCCAAACCUUCCCUCUCUACUGAAACUGCACGGCAGGAGAGCGAGCGCAGCAGAGCCCAGCUGUCCAAUCAGAAUUCAGACGUGCACAAACAGGCAGAAAGUCCCUUGAAGGAACAAAACGUGACCGUAAAAGAUGUGAAAAGCAGCAACAGCUCCUCCUUUGAUCCGACUGCUAACAGCUGCGUGCCAGAAACUCCCUCUGACGCCACACCCUUCAGUUUGCCGUCACAGCCAGGGGCUCCUCGGACCGCUGCGGGUGUUGUGAGCUCUAAAGGCUUGAGAGGACAACCAGCAAAGACUCAUCCAGAGGGACAAGAACAGGACGCAGCUGGUGGUGGUUCCACACUUAAAGACAGGAUGGACAAGCAUGAACAGGGUGAUGUGGACGAGGAGGAGGUGAUGGAGGAGGAGAGCACAGGAGGAGCCUCAGGGAUCGCUCUGGUCCUCUCCCAGAGCCAGCUUCUGUCUCCUGAACCCAUGGAAGAGGAGGACAGCCAAGACACCAACCAGGGAAGCGAGAAGGACAGAAAGCAACCACAGACAGAAACCAGCCACUCCCAGCCAAUCAGAGGCAAGCCUCCGGUCUCUGCUAACGGACUCGGAUCUCAAACUGAGGAGAAAGAGGUGGCUCCUGAUGGACUGUCCCACAUGGACAAUGUGGACAAAGACAAAAGCCUGAGUGAAAGCUCCGGAGAAAUUUCCUUCCACUUCACGCUCCCUAAAGAAGGGGAGUUGAUUGGUCCAGUGGAGGGUGUCACACCGCCUCUGAUCAGCCAGCUGAAGAAGACUCUGAGACACAGCACUCCCAUCGAAUCUAACUUCUCUGGAAAGUGUGAUGUGGUGGCCGAUGUCUCCGCGGAUGUGGCGAUGGCUGCCAGCGAUGUUGCACCGAGUGGAGAGGACACAGGAGAUGGGAAGCUGAGUUUGAGGAUGAAGCUGGUGACCCCUGUGGAGGAGGGAAGCUCUGAACGCUUCAGUCUGCAGAAGCCAGUUCUGUCAGAGGAGGAGAGAUUCGUCUCCAAAGUGAAUCCUGUUUCCACGGCUGUCACCAGCAGCCCCUCUGUGUUCACUCGGGUCCGUCAGGCGCACCGGCAGCAGGAGGCAGUAGAGGACGGUCAGCCUGAAAGCAACACUACUACACCUGUCAGGGGGAAGCUCUUUUCCUCGCCAGCGAUGAGCUCCCAAGCAUCUUUGCUGGAGUGCAACAUCCUCCUUAACAGCCAGUCAGAGCUUUCACAACAGGAUGAGCGGUCAGCAUCGCAGGAGAACUGUAAAGGUCCCUUCAUUCCUGUUGACCCAUCAGAGGAGAGACCAAGACUGCCUGCAGGUCCAGACCCAAACCCCACGAACAGCACUGAGGUCGGGCCAGUUUCCCAGACGUCCAACAAGCACACCACUUCCAUGCCCCCCAGCAAGCUUCAGCAGCAGACCAUCUCCCAGCAGACCAGCUUGGAUGGACCAGGUCUGCGCUUGCCUCCUGGUCAGGGAGAAGCAGAUUCUCCAUUGUUUAAAAAAACUUCAACUUCGACCCACCAUAGACAUGUGCGCACCAUCCAGGAGGUGCGGACCACCAUCACACGGAUCAUCACAGAUGUGUACUAUGAAGACGGCAAAGAGGUGGACCGCAGAGUGACGGAGGAGCGUGAAGAGCCGGUAGUGGACUGUCAAGUCCUGGAGAGUGACGUGUCUCCAAGCCGCACAGGCCACAGCUCACUGACCUCAGGUGACUUGGGUGACAUCAGCUCUCUGUCCAGGACCUCCAGCCUUCAACAGAGCUCUGGUGGAACGAGCAGCAGCAUCGGCCACACCAGGCCGGUCUUCAUCAUGCCCCCCAGCAGAGGGACCAAGACUAGCAGUCCCAGGAGGGGAGGUGGGCAUCAACAGAGGGGUCACAGGGGUCAAAGGGCAGGGUCAGUGGUCACAAUGGGCAGAGGCGGCAGCACCUCCGGGUCCUGGGCCUUCGUCCCGCUGACCCCAAGAGGAAGGGCUAGAAGGGGCCGGCCCCCAUCCCGCUCCUCCUUGUCCAGGGGGGGUGGUGUUGGCUUGCUGCCGAGACUUGGUGCUCACAGCCAGAUACAUUCCUCAGACGACGGGCCCUACACCCAAACGUCACCCCCACGCAUCCCCGUCAGCCCCACCGACCCCGAACUGUCCAGCCGCUCAGACUCCCUUAGGUCGUCACCGGAAGAGGGGAGCUCGGCGAGGAGCAGCUUCGUUGGCCUACGGGUGGUCGCCAAGUGGUCAUCCAACAGAUACUUCUACUCAGGCCGCAUCAUGAAAGAUGCCGGCGAAGGAAGCUUCCGCCUCCGUUUCGAUGAUGGCUACGAGUGUGAGGUGGCGGGGAAGGAUAUCCUGCUGUGUGACCCCAUCCCUCUGGAGACAGAGGUUACGGCUCUGCUGAAGAAUGAGUACUUCAGUAUAGGUGUGGUGAAGGGCCACAAGACGGAGGGUCAGGAUCUGUUCUACAGCGUGGAGAUGGACGGCCAGAGGCAGUGGUACAACAGGACAGCAGUCAUCUUGUCCCUGGAGCAGGGGAACAAGCUGAGGGAGCAGCACAGCCUCGGACCCUACGAGCCCACCACCCCACUGACCAAAGCCUCCGACAUCAGUCUGGAUAACUUGGUGGAGGGGAAGAGGAGGCGUCGAGGAACCCCCGGGGGUCAGAACUCAAGCAGCUGCAGCCCCCGGACCCCCACUUCCUCCAGCAAGAGAAAGUUAAUGUCCGAGGAAAACCGGACUCCGUCCAAAAGGGGGCGCAGAGGAGGUGGAGCCAGAGCUGCUCCGCGGGUCGGUGUGUGUGACACCUCGGGCAGCGGCACUGACCUGUAUCCUCCGUGUGACGUGGCUGAGACUCAUGGCCCGCUGCCUCAGAACACGUCCCUCUUUAUGGGCUUCGCCUUCAUGCUGACGGCCUCAUCUGAGAGCGACCGCAUGAGCAACAAGGUCUCCAGUGAUCACGAUGAGG